GUGCUGCCCCGCCACAGUGGCCUUCAGAUCCCGUGAGGCUCCAGUCAGGAGAAGAUGGAGGUGGACGGAGUGCUUUGCUGGCUGACAUCCAGCGAGGAGCCAAGCUCAGGAAAGUCACACAGGUCAAUGACCGCAGCGGCCCCAUUGUAGACAAACCUAAGGUUGCUGCUGCUGACACCUCAGGUGGGAAGGGGUCUAUGGGACCCUCUUUGGGUGGGCUGUUUGCCGCGGGGUUUCCCACUCUCAGGCCGACAGCCCACAGAGACUUAGCAGGGAAGAUCUCAGUGUCUAGAUCCAACUCGUCGUCCACGCUCAGGCCACUGUGGAACCCCCCCACAUCAGCCGACCCGAUCAGCAUUGUGGGCCUUCACAGGACCGGCGAUCAGCGACUGCUGGGCUCCUCCUCUGCUCCCACCUCCCCCUCCAUACCAGGUUACCAAACCGACAUGGCUCCCAGUUCAUCACUGCCACUCUGUGUCCCAGCCCUCCACCCCACCUCCACCUCCUCCUCCUCCUCCGCCUGUCCAAGGGGACCGCUCCUCAGGCUGCUUCUACUCUCCUCCUGCCUCCGCUUACUCGGAGCCAUCCAGGUUCCCCAUACUGCGCGACAGCCCCUUAGGACCUCCUCCGCCACCUCCUGCUCCUCCCCUUCCAGCUUCAUUCUCUCCUAGUUGUCCAUCCACACUCCCUCCUCCUCCUCCUAGAGCCCCCUCAGUGCCGUCGCUCUCCGUGCGCUCUUUACCUCCAUCAUACCCCUGCAACGCUCCCACUCGACGGCCCCCUGCUGUGCCCAGAAGUGCAGGUGCGAGUCGACUUGCUCCGCCCCCAGCUCCUCCCGCACGUUCACCUACCACAGAGUUGUCCUGUCGCAUUCCUCCGCCUCCCCCACCUCUGCCCCCAUUCAGCCUCAGGAACGGACACCUUCAUGGUUUAGACGACUUUGAAUCAAAGUUCCAGUUCCAUCCUGUAGAAGACUUACCACCACCGGAUGAAUUCAAACCUUUUCCUCGGAUCUACCCAAGCAAAGAAAACAGAGUCAACCCCAAACCACCUGGGAUAAGAACACACCUCAGAUGAGUCAUGGACUUAAAGUCAAGCGACCGUUUCUUUCCAUCAUUUCUUCUUCUUUGAGUCAAACUCUCACAGCUUUACUAUCAAAGACUUUAUCGUUCAUGCAUUGGGCCUGAAUGUCUCUUUGCAAGUGUGAGGACAGUGUCCCGCCUUAUUCUGCCUAUGUGACCUCUGACCUUUUCCAGCGUGGAAUUUGUCUGAGGAGGAGGUGGGCUUGCCGGUCUCAUGAGCCACAUAUAGGCGACAUGAGAACACAGAACAGAGUUAGAUUAUUUCAUGGACUGCAGAAAACCCGUACAGUACCACUUUUAAACUAUAUUUGAAAUACUAAUUUUUGUUUCCACAAUUUACUCUCUGCAGCAACAUUAAAACUCACCUGUAAACAUGCA